AUGCCGGUCACAAAGCCCACUUCUUCUAAAAUAUGUCGUUGUCUUUCGUCAAACUUUAAUCGAUAUUUUUCAUUUAAUAAAAAACAAUCAAUACUUGGUUCUGAUUUAAUAAGGAACUCACGAAAAGCCUCAGCAAACGUUAAGUUUAAUAAUGUUCGGUUUUUUCAUUCAAGUCGUAUCGCUUAUGCACAGUCACAGGUAGAGAAGAACAGUGAUGCUGAAACUUCUGAAUCUUUUGUACAAACGUUUCGAUCUGCUAUGUCGUUGUUAGCUUCUCCCGCUUGCAUUAUCACUACAGCUGGUCCUAAAGAUAGUAAUACUAAUAGCUAUCCACAUCCUAGAGGAUUGACCGUAUCUAGCUUUUCUUCAUUGUCCAUCAAACCUCGACCUUUAGUAACAUUUAACGUCCAAUUACCAAGUCAUGCAGCUGAUUCUAUGAGACCCUUUAAAACUAAUGACAAACAUACUAGACCAAUAUUUGCUAUUAAUAUUCUUCCUGCAACCGGAGCUGCUGCAAAAUCGUGCCGUGCAUUUGCGGGAGGGCUAGGUCGUGACGUUAAUCCUUUCACACACCCUUCAAUAUCUCCAUUAAUUUCUUUUGAAGGCAUUAGAUCACCUGGUGUCACUCGUAACGGUGGGAACGAGGGUACAUCUACAUGGAGAUCAGAGUUUUUAAAUGUACCAGUUUAUAAGCAUGCUAAAGCGGUUAUUUAUUGUACGCAACAUGAGGCAUUUUCAGUGCAAGACCAUGAAAUUUGGGUUGCGCGAGUACUACAUGUUGAAAUAAAUAAUAAUUCAACAAAAGAUGAGAAUAAAGAGCUGAUUGAAUCAGAACGGAAGGAAAUCAUGUUGUCAGAAUCGGCAUCAUCAUUAUUAUACCAAAAUCGUCGAUUCCAUGUUGUUGGUCCAAACCUUUCAGAAUAA